CUCUCUGCAUGUUCCUUCUAGUCACAAGAUCAAAAAGAACAGACUUUUCUGCAAUUUUUAGCUUUCCUAAGUGGAUUUUGUAGCUUCUCUUUGUAUCAGGUGAAGUAACAUUCUUGAAGACCAAAGGUGUCAGCUUUAUGCCUGGAAGCUGCCUCUGAGAAACUUAAACCGCUGAAGUGGGAGUCACUUGUUAACUAAGUAAUUAACUAAAUGGAAAACCCAUUGAAUUUUAAACCUGAUUUGCAUGCAGCAAUUGUAAUUUCAUGCUGUUUACAUCCCGGAGAAUGCUUAAUGCUACAGUGUUUGGAGUUUUUAAUUGAACAUCUUGCUUACUCACUUCAGAAGCCUCUCAGUUGUUGUCGCUACAUGAAACAACUCUGGCCAUUUAGUAAAAGUUAGUAUCUUGUUUCUGUCAGAGAGUAAAGCAAUCUGACUAUAAAUAAAUGAGCAAACCUUGAGAAGCCAGAGAACUUCUGGAGUUUAUUAUCAAGUAAAUGAUACUGUCAAGCUAAAGUCCAGUGGACGGUCCAAAGCCACAUAAUUAUUGCAGGCCUUGACAUGGCAGAACUAUUUCUGACUAUCAAUAAAUGAGAUCAUGUGUUCUGAGCCUUUAAUCUGUUGAAAACUGUCCCAUUAAGCCCUAUCCAAGGGAAGGAAUGUCAUCUGAUUUUGUGCUUCUGACUUGUUCCUCUUCCUUCCCCUCCCCUUAAUAGCCUUAACUGCAGUUGUAGAUUGUCCUCAGUGGGAGAACAAAUUUUCUAAACAAGCCUGGAGAGAAUCCUGCAGACUAUGAACUGAGAUAAAAGAUGUAAUGCGUUAUAGCUUGACAGAGGACAUGAAGUCCCUAAGCAUCUCCAAGUGGCAAAAAAAUACUCUUUCAAAAUCAGCCCUCCUGACCCCUAUUCCCAAAGGGCUCCUAAAGAAAUGGAUUUGCUUGAGCUGGAACAUUUGGCCACGGUUGCUCAGUCCCCUAAACAUGGCUGGGAAUAUGUAAUCCAUCUGUUACAUCUGGCCACGCUUCCCACUUGGCUACAUGGCACAGGAACCUAAGUAUUUCAGCUGGGCCUAUAAAUCUAAUUUGGACACACUUUGUCCAGCAGCAGCACCAGUAUAGUGCUAAUUUUCUCCCAGAACUCUAGUCAUUCCUCUACUGAGGAGUUGCAGACAGGUGACUGAAUUAUAGCUAUCUAGCAGAGAGAGAACUGUCCUUGUGGACAGUUGCUGGGUAUGUAAUGAUUUCACAUGUGCUUUACCUUCAGUUACAAGAACUGAAGGUAAUGAGAGUACAGAGAAACAGAAUUUCCAUGGGAAAAUUGCUAGGAAAUCUUUUCCUGCAAACAAUAAUUCCAAAUGGCUUUUCUUAAACAUGCCUGUUGCCCUGAACUGAUGUCUAGCACUAGGUGAGCUUCAGGAGAAUUUUGCUUUUCUUACAGAAGUGGGGAAUGACUGGCUUGGGAUGCAGUCUGAGCCCCGGGUCUGCUGUGGAACUGGCAGUGGUGGCUGCUGGAGGGAAGACCUUUGGUUACACUGCAAACUACAGAGAACUAACUCUGUAAUCUGGCGUGCUGGUAUCUUAACUAAGCAGGUGAAGAGUCCAGUUUCAUGGAGCAGUUGAUCUUGCUCUCAGAAAAGCUGCUCAGUGGGUUGGAAAAUAAAGUGGUAUCACUGCCUUCAGCCCAGUUAUGAAAAGAAAUGGCAGUUACAAUCCUGGAGGAGCAGAUCUCAAACUGUUUUAUGUAAUAGCCAUGGAUAUAGCCAUAUAUACAUAUAGAUAUAUAUAUAUAUAAGAUAACCCAAAGAAUUUCUUCUUCCUAGGAACUCCAGCAGCUUAGCAAGCAAUACAGCAAUAUCAAGCUUCUCCAGCUGGAUGUGGUUUGUGAAAACAGCAUCAAGAAAGUAGUCAAGGAAGUGGAAGAAAUUGUGGGAGACAAAGGUCUGAACUGCCUCAUCAACAACGCUGGCAUCAAUGUGGUCGCUUCCUUGGAAGAAGUCACAGCAGAGACAAUGCUCACCAUUUAUGAAACUAAUACAGUUGCCCAGCUGAUGGUCACCAAGGCGUUUCUACCCCUUCUGAGGAAGGCAGCCCAGCUGAGCACAGGAAUGGGCUGCCACAGAGCUGCUAUUAUCAAUAUGUCCUCUCUUGCUGCCUCCAUGCAACUCGUCCAGGCAAAUGAGAUGUUCCUCAAGGUCUACCCUUACAGGAUAGCAAAGACUGCACUGAACAUGAUCACCAGGUGUCUUGCUGCAGACUUGAAAUCGGAUGGAAUUCUCUGUAUUUCUUUGCAUCCAGGCUGGCUUCAGACAGACAUGGGCGGAAACAUGGCUCCCAUGCAGGUGCAAGAGGCUAUCCCAGGUAUUCUCUCCGUUAUGGACCGUCUUGGUGAAAAAGAAAAUGGUUCCUUCCUGGACUGGCAGGGGGAAACUCUACCGUGGUAGAAGCACGCAGUACACUACAGAAACAGCAUGUCAGUCACUAUUGAACUUGUGCCACUAAUGUCUUUGUCUCUAGGGUUUUCUUAUAAGCUAGUUGAAAUAGCCAGUCCGAUAUCCAGCCUCUCUCUAGGUGUAUUUGGAAAGUGAGGUGGCUGACUCUUCUACUUGGUAUUGCUACUGCUCUGUUCUAAUGCUUCCUGCAAAUACUACUGUUCUCUUAGUGAUGGGUAUCUCCUGGAACCAUCUAAAGCAGAUUAAAAAUUGCAAGUUAAAUCCAGGGGCUGGUUCCUCUUCACUUCCAAAACCAAAGCGGGCCUCUCGCUCUCUGCAGAAGUAAAUGACCUGACCUCAGAGUAAGGCCAGUGCAGGCCGUCAGAUUCCAGUAUGUUCAGUCUGCUGGAGACACGUGUCUGGAAAAGAUCCUUUGGUUUCUUUCAGUCCUAACUGAGCCAAGGCUGAAAUUGCCCAGCUCUAAACUACAUGAAUUUGGCACUUCUGUAAAUUCCUCAGCAACCUCUGAGUGUGUCCCCAGACACUUGCUUUGUUCCCAGUGGGUGACUAGCAGCCUGAUACGAGGGUGGGAAUGUUGUUUUGUACAUAAACUUCUGAAGUGUCUUCAAUAAAGUCUUGUUUAAACAAA